AUGGACGCGGGAUCGCUCCACCAGACGAACAGACUCGAAAUUAGAAUUUGUCGUGCCGACCUAUCUCAGGGCAGUGGAGUAACUCAACUGACGCAAUUGUUACAGUUUGCCAUGGUUCUCCAGCUCCACGUCUGGGGCCCGGCAUUCGGCCUGCCGUCCAUCGACGCCGAGUGUAUCGCCGUCAUCGCAUACCUCGCCCAAACCGCCAGCCCCGCCGAUUACCAGCUCGUCCAGAGCAGCCCCUCGGCUGUCCCAACCCAACACCUCCCCGCCCUCCACGACCCUUCCACCUCAACCUGGACAAGCGGCUUCUCCUCCAUAACCACCUACCUCGCGGCGGCCCACCCCCGCUCAUCCCAACCCAUAACCCCCACACCCCCCAAACAACCACAACCAACACCAACAUCAACACCAACCACCACCGCCAACGCCACAGCCUACACCGCCUUCCUGACCCUGCACGCCGCCCCCCUCCUCUCCCUGACCCUCUACGUCUCCUCGGCCAACUACGCCGCGACCACGCGGCCCGCCUACAGCGCCGUGCUCCCGUUCCCGCUACCCUGGACGGAACCGCCCGCCGUGCGCGCCGCCCACGCCCGCCGCGCCGCGCCCCUGGGCCUGUCGGGGCUCGACACCGAUGCGGUGCGCGCGCGGGAGCGCGCGGAGAGGGAGAGGGCCGUGGCGGAGGGGUGGGUUACUGUGCCGGAGGGGUUGGGGAAAGGUGUAGGGGGGGGUGGGGGUGGGAAGGGGGUGGAGGCGGCGUUGAGUCCCGAGCAGAAGAUGAGGAUUCGGUUGGAGGGGGUUGCGAGCGAGGUAUUGGAUGUGUUGGGGGAGGUGGAGUGGGAGGGGCAGGAGGUGGGCGUGAGGUGUCUUGCGUUUGGGUACUUGGCGUUGAUGUUGGUGCCGGAGGUGCCACGGCCGUGGUUGAGAGAGGUCAUGGAGAGCCGGUAUCCGGAGUUGUGUAAGUUUGUGAGGGGGUUUCGGGGGGAUGUGUUUCCUAAGGAGAGGGCGCUGCCGUGGGCGGAGGAGGAGCAGAGCGCUUCGGCCGUGGCGGUGGGGAUGAGGUUUGUGAGGGGUGUGUUGGGGGAGGUACCGUUGGUUGGGGAGCGUUGGAGCCAGUGGUGGACGGCGAGGAAAAGGAGGGAGGUGUUGGCGAGUAAGGGGGUGAAGUCUGAGCCAAGCGGGGAUCUGUUGAUGUUUCUCGGGGCUGGGCUUGGCCUAACGGCUAUGGGUGCCGGUGUCUUCUUUUACCGCGGUCUGCCGCCGUUUGGCGCGGCUGUGCAGGUCUGGAGAAAGCCGAUGGUGUCGUUAAGUAGCUUUGGAGCGGCUGGUGCGAUGUUUUCGGGGGCGCUUUAUGGGAUUGAUUAG